AUGGACGGCGUCUACCCGUGCCCUGCCCUGCACCAGCCGCAGCGCCUCGGCCACAAGCGCCCGGCCGCCCUCGACGACGACGGCGACGAGUUCGACCACGCCCAGCCCGACCACCACGACUACCAGGGUUCGCCGCACUAUCACGGCGUGCCCAGGGUCCGUCAACCGUCGAGCACACUCGGCGGCGGGUCCAACUACGGCGACGUCAAGGACGAGGACGGCGAGGGCAGCGCGAGCGGUGGAGGGUCGAAGCGGCCAAAGACCGGGCCGCCGCCGCUCAAGCGGGGCAGCGCGUGCAGCCUGUGCAGGAAACGCAAACUGCGGUGCGACGGCGUGAGGCCUGCGUGCGGGACCUGUGUGCGCCUCAGCCACGACUGUGUCUACGGCGAUCCGACGCAAGAGCGCAUCGCCGAGCGCCACCGAGAGCUCGAGGACCGCAUUCGCUCGCUCGAGGCCGAGCUCGACACGUACAAGCGCGGCGUCGCACCGACGACCACCCCGUCGAGCGGGACGCCCUACUCGCCCUUCCCGCCGGCCGCUCAACCCGCUCGUGCGCCCGAGUCGAACCCGUACUCGACGCUCCAGGACGCGCAGGUCCUCGACGCACCCGUCGGCGGCCCUUCGUUCGCGCAUCACGCGCAGGAGCAGCAGCACGCGCCGCCGCACGCCUUCUCGCAGGCCCCCGUCGCCGCCGAGUACUCGCAGUACCCGACUCAGCAACUGCCUGUCGAUGCGCCGUACCUGUUCCACUCGGACGCCCACCUCCCGCUCCACCAGUCGCCGCAGGGCAACGGCCAGGCCCAGCUCUCGGCCGGGUACCCGCAGCAGUCGCCGCGCACCAACGGCGCGUCGUCGUCGAGCUUCUCGCACCGCGACUCGGAGGCGUUCCCGCUCCCGCCGAGGGUCAACGAGCCGUCGUACUUGGGCCCGCCGCAGCAGCAGCCGCAGUCGGCCAUCUCGAACUCGCCGCAGCACCCGGUCCAGGCGCACCUCCAGUCGUUCCCGUUCGCCAUGAACCCGACGCCGCAGCUGUCGGACCUCAUCAACCCGCCGUCGGCGACGAGCAUGCCCCAGUACUCGCCCGGAGCGGCGCCGUCGCCGGUCCCGGGCUCGGCGGCGCGCCUCUCGGCAGGGUACGGCGACGCGGCGGUCGCGCCGGCAUGGGGCACCGAGUUGCCCGCCCUCGAGCUCAUGCUCGAGCUCGCCGAGCUCUACUUCUCGACGUUGCACGCCCACCUCCCCUUCCUCCACUGCCGCCGCUUCCUCUACACCCUCCACCACCCCGCCUCGCUCUCGUCGCCGCCGUCCCAGAGCCUCAUCUUUGCCGUCCUCGCCAUCUCGGCGGCGUACCACGACUCGCCCGCCGUGCGCGCCCAGGGCGCGACCUGGUACAGCCUCGCGCGCGCCAAGGUCGACGCCGCCAUCAACGCCGGGUCGCACUCGCACCACUCGCCCGCCGGCGCCGGCGCCGCCAACGGCGGUCGAGGCCGCACGGCGACGUUCACGGUCGAGAUGGUCCAGGCCUUGUGCCUCCUGUCGCUCGUCGAGAUGGGCGUCAGCGACCACCAGCGCGCGUUCCUGUCGAUGGGUCAAGCCGUGCGCAUCGCCGCCAUGCUCGGCCUGCACCGCAUGGACGAGGACCGCGUCGCCGACCGCACCGGCGUCAUGCGCGAGAAGCGCCUGCGUCCUCCCGCCCUGCACCCGCUCCCGACCGACCCGGUCCUGCUCGAGGAGUGCCGCCGCACCAUGUGCACGGUCUACGUCCUCGACCGGUUCGAGAGCGCCACCGUCGGCUGGCCGGCCGCCAUCGCCGAGGGCGACGUGCGCGUCCUCUUGCCGUGCGCCGACGAGCUGUUCGACCAGGGCACGUGCGACGCCGACGGGCGCGACAACCCGCUGUGGUGGCCCGCCGACGAGAUGGGCACGAGCCGCGCCGCAGGGUGGCAGGGCAUCAUGGUCGAGGCCGAGGCGGCCAAAGCUGCGGCUGCGGCCUCGGCGAGAGCGAGUGACGGCGACGGCGGCGGGGCGGGAGGAGCAGGAGGAGGAGCAGGCGGUCCGGGCGAGCCCGAGUCGAUCGGCGGCGGCGCAGCAGGGUCCGAGCGCGUUCCCGUCGUCGGCACGUUCGCGUGGCUGUGCCGCGUCGUGUGGCUCGGCGGGCGCAUCCAGAGCGAGACGUACCGCGCGUCGGGCCCUCCCGCCGGCGGUCCGUGGAACAAGCACGUCGACCUCGACCCGCUCGACUCGCCGAGCGACUCGCUCGAGAUGGACAACGUCCUCGAGUACGUCCGCAACGAGUUUGUCGCCAAGGCGGCGCGCAAGGCGCAGCAGGGCAAGGGCGUCGACGGGCCGAUGCUCAUGAUCCUCCUCUUCCUCAACUGCAUGUUGACCAACUUGUUCCACCUGCGCGCGGCGUCGGGCCUGUCGCGCUUCCCGUGGGACCCGCACGGCACCAUCUACGUCGGCUCGAGCGAGUACGCCAUGAAGCGGUGCUGGGACGCCAUCCACUCGAUGCACGAGAUCCUGUCGCAGCUCGCGGCGUACGAGAACGCCCACACGAGCCUGCACCGCAGCAGAGCGUCGACCUACACGGCGUUUGUGCCCUACGUCCUCUACGCCAUCGCCUUCCCCGCCAAGUUCGUCAUCGGCGACUGGACCCUCAUCGUCGCUUCCCGUGACCGCUCCGAGUCCGUCAUGGCCCACCUCGCUCGACACGACCUGCCCUCGGGCGACGACGCCUUCCCGCCCUCGUACCUCGACGAGCGCGUCGCCUUUGUCAACAUCGCCUGCGACGCCAUGGACCGGGUCGGCACCGUCUGGCCCGUCGGCAAAAAGUUCGCCGCCAUGAUUCGGGGCGACUGCUCGCGCCUCGUGCAGCGCUCGUACGCUCGUGCCGCAGCGCAGCAGCAGCAGCAGCAGCAGCAGCAGCAGCAGCAGCAGGGUCCGCCUACCGUCUCGCCGGCGCAAGGUCCUCGCUCGAGCAACGCGAGCCUGUACCACGGGUCGAGCGCGACGACCAGCGGCGUCAAUGGGUCGCCGACGGUGCCGCAGCAGCAGCAGGGUCUUUACGCGGCGCCGGCGUCGGCGUAG